GUUGGGGUCGUCGGGGUUGUCGUCCACGGCCUGGCUGUAGCGGCGGACCCGCAGCAGAGAGGAGGAAGCCGGCAGCGCCGAGCCGCCGCCGCCCGCCGCCAGGGCGCAGGCCCCGCGGGAGAGCCGCUCGCCGAGACCUCCAGACCCGGGGCCGCCCCAUGGCCGACAGGAAGCAGAAGAUCCACGUGUUCCUGGGGGCCCCUCCCGCCCCCGAGGGGGAGUGUGGAGCUGGGCUGGACCAGCCGGCCCCACCCCCACCCCCCGCCCCGCCCCCCGCCUCCUGGAUCCGCAUGGAGCUGAGCUGGCAUGACGGGAGGCUGAGGCCCCCCCCAGGUGAAGGGCAGCUGCAUCAGGAGGACCAUGGCGUCCCUCAUCGGCGUGUUAGCCAAAGGUUCCGCCCCGCAGCAGGCCCCUCUCAGGGCCCGCCCCCCUCUCAGGGCCCGCCCCCCUCUCAGAGCCCGCCCCCCUCUCAGGGCCCGCCCCCUCUCAGAGCCCGCCCCCCUCUCAGAGCCUGCCCCCCGGCCAGGCCGACCAGACGAGCACACGACAGCACUGACCUCUGUAGGGGUUCUGGACGCCAUGACGACCAGCAGGACCUCUGCCAGGCGUCGCUGCACGACUAUCUGGACGGCUGUUUCCCUGAAGCCAGUAGCUCCGCCCCCAGCACCAUGCCCCGCCCCCUGGCCGAGUCACUCCACACUCAGUACCUCAGCGCCUGGACUCUCAGCCAGGCGUUGGUGCUGCGGGCGCGGCCCCGUAGCCGAUCAGCAUCCAACGCUGAGAGAAGUCCCCCCUCUCAACCCCCAGCCAGCCCCCUCCACCCCCAGUCCUCCAGUACUCCUGAACUAUUCAGCCCCGACCCCUCCAUGACCACUCCCCCCUCCAUGGCCACGCCCCCCGAGCCGGGCUCCUUGAAUCUCUUCAGCUGGUCGGUGGAGGAGGGGGGGGUCGUGCUGGAGGUUGCCCCAGAUGGGGUGCUCUGUUCCAGGGAGGGGGACCCGGGUCGGUCCGGACCCGACCCACCUGAACCGGGCCCCACGGACCCCCCCACCCCACCCUACAAGAGGCUAUGCAGAAUGAUCCCAGAAUGCACUGGGGCGACGACCUCCGCGGCCCCGCUCCCAACAGAGAGGGCCGGGACCCGGUCGCUCCAGGGACCCACCACCCUCCUGGCUCAGUGCCUGGAGCCAGGCCAGUACAGAGCAGGAGGGACAGGAGCAGGCGGGACACGAGCAGGCCGGAGGUUCUCGGUCUUGGUGACUGCGGUCCACCCCUGUCACCUGAAGGAGAUCACGAUGCGGUCAGGUGUGUGGGCGGGCAGCAGCGUUCCGCUGGCCACCAUCGUUGUGACCGACCAAUCAGGAGUGGAGGUGAAGGUGUUGCUAUGGAGACGAGCCGCGUUUUGGGCUCUGACCGUCUUCCCUGGGGACAUCCUGUUGAUCACAGGCCUGGAGGUGAACCACGAUACGUGGCGUGGAGAGACGCUGCUCCGCUCCAGCUUCAGCAGCAAGCUACUGAACCUCGGCCCCCUCGGCCCCUCCAGCUCACCACCAGGUGGGCACCGGGCGCUACCUAGCCCCGGGGCCCUACCUAGCACUGUGGCCCUGCCUAGCACCGUGGCCCUACCUAGCACCAGGGCGCUGCUUAGCACCGGGGUGCUACUUAGCACUGGGGGCGCUACUAUGUUGGUUCCCUUGAGUGUGUUUAGUGUUUACUGCGCGUACCCAUGUGUUCAUUAUGUCGACGGUGUGUGUGCCCUAGCCCCUCAGUGUGUGAGCAGGGAGGCGGUCCAGUCUCUGUGUGUGUUUGUUGCGGUGCGGCGCCCUCUGCUGGCCACCCUGUGCCGGCGCCCCACCCAGACCCUGGACAGACUGCCCUACAUCCGCCUGGCCGCCCUACGGACACACACCCUGGGCCACGCCCUGCUGAGGGUCACACACACACACACCUGCACAGAGUGGCGUGGGGAGGCUGGGGGCGGGGCCCGGCGCGGAGGGGUCCAGAAGGCGGUGCUUAGCGUGGAGCAGGGCGACGGGCAGCGCGGCUGGCUGGUCCUCUGGGGGUCCACCCUCACAUGGCUCCCCCGCAUCACCCGGAACACAGACGCCGUGUGGGACUUCCGGUAUCUUCUGGUGCGGGACGGCGUGUCCUCUGACCUCCCAGAGCUCCACUCCACCCCCUGGGGGGCGGUCCAGCCGGUGUUCCCCCAGGACAGCCGCGCCCGGGAGUUCUGCAGCACCCCCGGCCCUCCUGGCCCCCCGGAGCUGGACCUCGGCACGCUGCUGUCCCAGAGACACUCUGGUGACGUGGAUCUCCGGGUGAACAUCACGUCCUUCCAGUUCCAGGCUAGCCUUUCCCAGAAUGCACCUGUUGCACGGCUGGACAGCGAGGUGUCGCUGGAGCGCAUCGUGGAGAUGCUCGGAGGAGACGUGACCUACGCAGGCUGCGGCCGCUGUGCCUUUGAGCUGGGCACCGACGCCAACGGCAUCUACCUGCCCUGCUACCCCUGUCUGCCUCACACCGGCGUCAGGCGCUACUACAGGCCCGGUCUCCUGGUGGUCAGCGAGGGCUCCAGCACGGUGGGGGUUCAGGUUCCUCCGGUCCUCCUGGAGAAGAUCCUGGAGACACCAGCAGACAGACUCUACAAGACCGUCGACCCGGGGUCAGAGGUGAGACAUGUCCGUCUGGUGGCAGAGAGGAUUCAGUCUCUUGUCACGCUGCCGCUGAAGAGCUUCCUGUUGACGGUCCGCAGUCACUUCCUGUGCGACGAGAACAGUGUUCCCCUGGUGCAGGACUUCCUGUUGCUGGACCUCCAGUUCCCAGGAGAACUAGUCCUGCCGUUCACCGCCACCCUCUGCGCGGCGCACGGGCGCGGCGCAUUGGCGCAGCGCAUGGACGCGGCGCUCCCCUCAUCCAAUCAGCGGCCAGUUUUGCGGCCGCGCUCAGGGGAGAACCGCGGAGUAUUGAAGGCAGUUGGUGUUCAAGUCCUUCAGAGCAAUACGAGGGCCCUGGGUCCUGGACUAUCAUCUUCCUCAUCGGCUGUUUGGUGGCUGCCUCUUGCCAUGUCAGCAAUCAGGAUGGCCGACGCUUCGUACCACGGCUACGAGAACGACAACGAGCUGCUGAUGAACCUGAACUAUGACUACAUCCCCCCAGUGGACAUCAAGACAGAACCCUACAUCCCAGAGAACGCUCACGGACCAUACAUCCAGAUCAUAGAGGAACCAAAGCAGAGGGGCUUCAGGUUCCGGUAUGAGUGUGAGGGCCCCUCCCACGGGGGGCUCCCGGGGGCGUCCAGCGAGAGGAACCGGAGGACCUACCCCACCGUCAAGGUGAAUAACUACGUGGGCCAUGCACGGGUGGAGGUGCAGCUGGUGACCCACAGCGACCCCGCGCGGGUCCACGCCCACAGCCUGGUGGGCCGGCAGUGCACCGAGAACGGGACCUGCACCCUGGACGUGGGCCCCAACGACCUCACCGCCUCCUUUAGUAACCUGGGGAUCCUCCAUGUGACCAAGAAGGGUGUGAUGGAGGUUCUGACGCGAAGGCUGAGAGAUGAAAGGCGGCAGCAGAAGGGCCUGCACCACCUCUUCUCUGAUGCAGAGGACAGCUCCAUGGUGAAGGAGGCCAAGGAGCUGGGGAAGGUGAUGGACCUGAACAUCGUGAGGUUAAAGUUCACCGCCUACCUCCAGGACAGCAACGGGGGCUACACAAGAGCCCUGAAGCCUGUGGUGUCCAACCCCAUCUACGACAGCAAGUCUCCCAACGCGUCCAAUCUGAAGAUCUCUCGGAUGGACAAGACGUGUGGAUCCGUGUUUGGAGGAGAUGAGAUCUUCCUGCUGUGUGACAAAGUCCAGAAAGACGACAUCGAGAUCCGCUUCUACGAGGAGGACGAGGAGGGGGCCUGGGAGGCCUUCGGAGACUUCUCCCCAACGGACGUCCACAAACAGUAUGCCAUCGUGUUCCGGACCCCCCCCUACCACAGCAUGGAGAUCCAGGGCUCUGUCCCGGUGUUCCUGCAGCUGAAGAGGAAGAAGGCCGGAGACAGCAGCGAGCCCAAGAUCUUUACCUACGUCCCCCACGUCCACGAUAAGGAGGAGGUGCAGAGGAAGAAGCUGAAGCCCCUCUCCCACUACGAGCCAUGGAGAGGGGGGGGGGGAGCAGGAGGAGGAGGGGGGGGAGGAGCAGGGGGAGGCCAGGGGGGAGGGCGGGGAGGAGCAGGAGACUUCGGAGGAGGAGGAGCCUACCAACACAUGAACGGGGGCGGAGGAGGAGGGGCAGGAGGAGGAGGAGGAAGCUUCAACAGCUACAGAGGAAGCUUCAACAGCUAUGGGGGAGGAAACCAGAUGUCAGGCUCCGCCCCUCAGACCGUGGUUGCCCAGCAGCAGACGACAGAUCAGACAGAUGGACAGAGUUCACCCUUACAGCAACAGCUGUUACAGCUAGUGGCCCGUCUGCAGCGGUCCAGAUCCCCUGGGGGGGGUCCGGCCCAGGGCUCCAGACCCCCGGCCCAGGCCCUGCUCCAGUACUGCAGCUCCGGAGACCCACGGGUCCUGCUGGCCCUCCAGAGACACCUGUGUGGGGUCCAGGACCACAACGGAGACACUCCUUUGCACCUGGCCAUCAUCCACCAGCAGUCUGGAGUGGUUCACCAGCUGAUCCACACUCUGCUGACCAGCCACCAGAACCACGUCCUCAACACGCCUAACCAGCUCAGACAGACGCCGCUGCACCUGGCGGUGCUGAGCGGUCAGGUGAGGCUGGUGGAGGCGCUGCUGCGGGCGGGGGCUGACCCCGGCCAGGGGGACCUGGAGGGCCGCAGCCCGCUGCACCUGGCCGCGCUGGCGGCCGACGAGGCCCUGCUCCGCCCCCUCCUGGCUCACCUGGGGGAAAGCCACGCCCACCUGGUCAACAUGGCCGACUACCACGGUCUCCAUCCCCUCCACCUGUCAGUCAGGAGGGGCGGAGAGCGCUGUCUCCGCCUCCUGGUUGGGGGCGGGGCCAAAAUCAACGCUGGCGAGCAGAAGAGUGGAAGCUCCGCCCUCCACCUGGCGGUCAGAGACAACCUGUUCAAGGUGGCGUGUUACCUGAUCACAGAGCUGAAGGCGGACGUCAACGCGGCCACGUUUGGCGGGAACACAGCGCUGCACCUGGCCGCGAGCCAGGGCUCCCCCACCCUCUGCUCCAUGCUCAUAGCCGCAGGGGCCGACAAGAACCUGGAGAAUGACGAGCCCCUCUCCUUCAGCUCCUCUUCCUCCUCAGACGAAGACGAAGACCAGGAGGAGGACCAGCCAAUCACAGCACAGCACCGAGGCCCAAAGGCCACCUCGCAGCCAAUCACCACUCGCAAGAGACCCUCGCCGGGCCACACCCCCCUGCAGCUGGCCACCUGUCAGAAGGUUAAAAAGCUGUUGGACUCGAGGCACAGUCCCAGAACGGGUCGUCAUAGUAACAAAAAAAUCAAGUGCAGCAGUCCAGAGCCCCAGCGGGGGGUCCUGGACGAGGAGACGCUGUCGUCCCUGCUGGGGGUGCUGCGCGUGGGGGAGGUGCCCUGGAGGGCGCUGGCUGAGCGCCUCGGCAUGAUGACCCUCGCCCACCUCUACCAGGACAGCCCGUCGCCAUGCCAACACCUGCUGCACAGCUACCAGCUUGGAGGCGGUGCAGUAGAGGGUCUGGUCGGAGCUCUUGAGGGUCUCGGGCUGACAGAGGGGGUCCGAGUCCUGAGACAAGCCCAGCUCCACCAGGAGAAACACACUGCAGACGCCACGGUUGACAGCGGCUUUGGCAGUCAACCAAUGGAGGAGGCGGUAGAGGAGCCCCCGGUGGCCAAUCAGUGAGCAGCAGGACUCCCAAGAGUUGCAUCUCCUUCACUUCCUGGUGGGAGGAGCCUAGUAGCCAAGAGCUCCACCCGCCCACAUCCACCCAGUUGUGAUAUCAUCAUAGGACACUCGGUGGCCACGCCCCCAUUGUAAAAAAGUUAUUGACGAAGUCAUGUAUAUAAAUAUCUAAAUAUAUUUACAUAUCUAAAUAUCUGUGGGUGGACUGGAGGUCAGAGGUCAGCAGUGUGUGUGUGUUUCUCAGCGGGGUCAGGUCAGAGAUUAGCAGUGUGUGUGCGUCUCUCAGCAGGGUCAGGUCAGAGAUCAGCAGUGUGUGUGUUUCUCAGCACGGUCAGGUCAGAGGUCAGCAGUGUGUGUGUCUCUCAGCAGGACCGAGUCAGAGGUCAGAGUUCAGCAGGGUGGGAAUCCAGGGGUCCCAGACCCCCUAAAGCAGAGGCAACAUUUGUGGGGAUCUCUGAAAGUCCUAAGUUAGUUGUCACUUGCAAUUGCCACUAAAAUGUACUUUAAAAGC